AUGGACGUCAACGAUACAAAAAUUUAUAAACACAGAUGGGACAAAGGCAACGAUGUCGACCAAUGGUUCCUCAUGGGAUCUCCCGUACCUGUGAUGAUGAUCAUGGCUUCCUACUGGCUGUUUGUUUUAAAACUUGGACCUAUGUAUAUGAAGCAUAGAUCGCCUUACCCUCUUGGAACUUCAUUUUUGUGGAAUAAUGGAGUAUUACAAACGGAAUGUUUAAAGGCGGACAUGAGGAAAACUGCCACGAUAGGCACAUACACGUACUUCCUGGCGAAAUUAUCGGAGCUUCUAGACACGGUCUUCUUCAUACUUCGCAAGAAAUACAACCAAGCGAGUUUCCUCCACAUCUACCAUCACUCCUGCACCGUUCUCAGCACGUGGGCGGUAUUGAAAUACGAGCCCAAUGUUAACGCUUUAGUUUUCAUUGGCACGAUAAAUUCCUACGUCCAUAUUGUGAUGUAUUCGUAUUACGGUCUGUCCGCAUAUCCAGAGUUGGCGAAAUACCUCUGGUGGAAGAAGUAUAUAACUAAAAUGCAAUUGGUACAAUUCGUCCUCAUAUUAGCGCACUUUUUAACCGAAUACAAGCUAGCCAAAUGCAAACCCUCCUACGUAGUUACGAGUGUUGUGUGUUUCAACUUAUUGCUAUUUGUUUAUUUGUUCACCGAUUUCUAUAGAAAGACGUAUAAGAAAAACCAAUCUGUAGAUAACGACAGGAAAGGCGUAAAGAAAGUAGAUUAG